CUAGCAUUUAGAGACAUCGACAGUAGGACUAGCGAAGGCAGUCUCACUCUGUCCGACAACGCGCGCCAUCUGGCGAAGUUGAAACUAUCUCCCGCUGAACCGUACUCAUCCCGCGCCUUCAAAUAUAACCGCGCGAUCCUACAACUUCACCCGAUCGAUCCUCUUGCUCACAAACACGCCGCCCUACCACGUCUGCCUCACCGAAACCUCCAUUCGCACUGGCGACGCGUAACUGUUAGGACCGACCUUACGGUCGGCUCUUUGUCUCAUGCCCGGCAUGAAGAGGUCGAAUGUCGAAACGACGCUUUCCGAACCACAUGCGAAGAAGCGCAAGAUCGUUCGCCAACUUCACCACUUGCAACAAGCACACGUGCCGGAACCUAUCAGCGCAGAACAAGAUCCCACCGGCGUGAACAGAGAUUUCUUCGACCAACAAUUACAGCGCGCCAUAGCCAUAGAAUGUAAAGCAAUAGGUUUUGACGGCACAAGGCCCGAUGCGCUGGAGAUGUUCCGGGGCCUUGUUGAUGGGUUCAUGCACUCCUUUACAACCCAUGUCCGCACAUCUAUGAUGAGUGCGCGGCGCACAUCGACCGUAGCAAGCGACUGGGUACACGCUCUUCAAGCCGUAGGCAUCAAGGGCUCAUCAGUUCUCGAGCCGCAUCUUGAUACUGGCGAAAUCCCUCCCUCUUUCUUACAGCCAGCCUUUGAGCCUCCGCGACCAGCAUCUCCGCCGCCGCCCGACCUCGAAGGUCUGCUCGGGCGCGACCUAUCUGGUAAAACAGACAAAGAGCAACGCAAAUACAUCCCGUCCCAUUUCCCAUCAUUUCCAUCGCGACAUACCUGGAAAGCGACACCGGUCUUUACUCCACGUGAAAGCGAUCCCCGGAAAAUCAGAGAAAAAGCGACCGAGGAGGGCAUUCUGGCGGAGCAGUCCCUACGGAAAUUGAUGGCCGCACAAAAGGCGGGUUUGCAGGGCGACAAGGCACGGAAACAGAGGCGAUCGAAACGAAUCAAACAAAGCGAUGCACUGUGGCAGGAUGCUAUGAAGGACCUCCAAGGGCAGGAAGAAGAACGGGAAGAAGUUGAGAGGAGAAGGCCGCAAUUUGAUUUCGGUGAUGACAUGGAAGAGGACGAUGAUGCAUGGCGAAGCCAGGAGCAGGCGCGGAUGAAGCCCCCACGACUGGAGAAGAAGAAACCCACAAUCCAGGAGGGCGUGCACGUUAAUUACGACCAGAAGUUUUGGAGAAAAUCGGCGAGAGGGUUCUAAGGAAUGCAUGAAAAGAUCGUGGUUACAUAUGUUCCUUUCCAGCUUUUGACGAUUGUCAGAGCAUCAUAGCGAGGCGUUUAUUUCGGAUUUGGAUACUACCUCAGCAUAUUACGCGGUGUUUGUACGGAUGCAAAACAGGGCUGAAUGAGGCCUGCAGUCUAUUCUUCUGUAGUAUUACAUUUUAUUUACUUUCUACUGCCAUUGCUGCUAUACCCAGCAGGCAGGGUCGAAGCCAUCAGCUCAAAUGCUGGGUUCGAUAGAUCGAACAAUACUCAUACAAUUUGUUAUAUAUC